UCAUGCCUUACCUGCAUCGCUCCCUGAGGCCCCAGCCGCACCCAGUCCCCAGGGAUGCCAGGACCAUCCACUCCUCGGGCCAGAGCUUCGAGCAGCUGCGGCAAGGCUGCCUGCAGUCUGGCUCCUUGUUUGAGGAUCCCGACUUCCCAGCCACCAAUGGCUCCCUCUUCUACAGUGAGAGGCCCCAGGUCCCCUUUGUGUGGAAACGGCCGGGGGAAAUUGUGGAAAACCCAGAAUUCAUUCUCGGAGGGGCCACCAGGACUGACAUCUGCCAGGGGGAGCUGGGAGACUGCUGGCUCCUGGCAGCCAUUGCCUCCCUAACCCUCAAUCAGAAAGCGCUGGCCAGGGUGGUCCCACAGGACCAAGGAUUCGGCUCUGGCUAUGCCGGGAUAUUUCACUUCCAGUUCUGGCAGCACAGUGAGUGGCUGGACGUGGUGAUUGAUGACCGUCUGCCCACCUUCCGGGACCGCCUGGUCUUCCUCCACUCUGCUGACCACAACGAGUUCUGGAGCGCGCUGCUGGAGAAAGCCUAUGCCAAGCUUAACGGGAGCUACGAGGCGCUGAAGGGGGGCAGCACCAUCGAGGCCAUGGAAGACUUCACCGGGGGUGUGGCCGAGACCUUCCAGACCCGAGAGGCGCCGGAGGACCUCUACGAGAUUCUGGAGAAGGCCUUGAGGCGCGGGUCCUUGCUGGGAUGCUCCAUAGACGUCCUGAACGCCUCGGAAUCUGAGGCCCGCACGCCUUUUGGUCUCAUUAAGGGCCAUGCCUACACUGUCACUGGACUGGACCAGGUGACCGUCCAAGGCCAGCGAAUCCAGCUCAUCAGGGUCCGGAACCCUUGGGGCCAGGUGGAGUGGAACGGGCGCUGGAGUGACAGCUCUCCCGAGUGGCGCUCAGUGAACCUGGAGGAGCAGAAGCGCCUGGGUCACACCGCCCUUGACGACGGGGAAUUCUGGAUGGCAUUUGAGGACUUCAAGACCCAUUUUGACAAACUAGAGGUCUGCAACCUCACACCUGAUGCCCUGGAGGACAACUCCCUCCACAGGUGGGAGGUGACCAUCCACCAGGGAAGCUGGGUCCGGGGCUCCACAGCUGGUGGCUGCCGCAACUUCCUGGACACCUUCUGGACCAACCCACAGAUAAAGCUGUCCCUGACGGAGAGGGAUGAAGGCCAGGAGGGCUGCACUUUCCUGGCAGCCCUGAUGCAGAAGGACCGCAGGAAGCUCAGGAGGUUUGGGGCCAACAUGCUGACCAUUGGCUAUGCCAUUUACCAGUGCCCAGACAAGGAUGGACACCUGGGUAGGGACUUUUUCAAGUACCAUGCCUCCCUGGCCCGGAGCAAGACAUUCAUCAACCUGAGGGAAGUCUCCGGCCGCUUCCAGCUGCCCCCCGGAGACUACAUCCUCAUCCCCAGCACCUUUGAGCCUCACCAGGAGGCCAACUUCUGCCUGAGAAUCUUCUCUGAGAAGAGAACUGUCACUCGGGACCUGGACGAGAACACAGACAUCCACCUUCCUGAGCUUCCAAAGCCGACCCCCCCGGAGGAGGAAACGGAGGAGGAGCGGCAGUUUCCGGCCCUGUACCGUCAAAUUGCUGGCGAGGACAUGGAGGUCACUGCCCAGGAGCUCGAGUGCGUCUUAAAUGCUGUUCUGCAAAAGAAAACAGCCUUCAAGUUCAAAAAGCUGAGCCUGCUGUCCUGCAGGAACAUCAUCUCUCUGAUGGACACUAGUGGCAAUGGAAAGCUGGAGUUUGAAGAGUUCCGGGUUUUCUGGGACAAGCUGAAGCACUGGAUGGACCUGUUUCUCCAGUUUGAUGUGGACAGGUCCGGCACCAUGUCUUCCUAUGAACUUCGGAGCGCCCUGAAGGCUGCUGGCUUUCAGCUGGACAGCCACCUCCUGCAGCUGCUCGUCCUCAGGUACGCAGACGACGGACUCCAGCUGGACUUUGAUGACUACCUCAACUGCCUGGUUCGGCUAGAGAAUGCGAGCCGGGUGUUCCAGUGUCUCCGAAUGAAGGGUGAGGACCUCAUGCAUCUCAACAUAAAUGAGUUCAUCAGCCUGACCAUGAACAUCUGAGGCUGCUCGGAUGAGAUGCUUCUGCCCCCCUGACACCCGGCGUCUGGACCGCGAACCUCAGCAUCCUGCCUGCUGCUCUCUCCCGGCCUCACACCGCCUCCUCCCCUCCCCGCCGUGACCUAGAAGAAUCCAGAAUCUGGCUGUGCUCUCUGGUUCUGUGAUCGUUCUUCACCAGAACCAACGGUGCCGCCUGUGUCUGUGCCCAGACUACUCUCCUCCCGUCGUCCCUGCCUCCACCAAGAUCAUUCGAUGCUCUCGUUCCCCGAAUCCUGCCUCAGUGUGCUCCAGCCAGGCUAUCAAGACA